AUGGCUUUGCCCCACAGCGUCAAGGUGAGCCUGUCUCUGUUGGGGCCGGGCAGGGUGGGUGGUGGAGGCUCUCCCAACUCCAAGGUGGGCUACUGCGGUGGUGGAGGAGUGCCUGUGGAGGACAUGCAGGCCCUGGCCAUUACCUCCCUGCCGGGUGCAGACGUGGCAAAACACUACGAGCACAUCCGCGAGCUGGGCAAGGGCACCUAUGGCAAGGUGGACCUUGUGGCACACCGCACACAGGGCACCAAAAUGGCUCUGAAGUUUGUGACCAAGAGCAAGACGAAGCUGAAGAGCUUCCUGAGGGAGUACAGCCUGACGGGAACACUGAGCUGCAGCCCAUUUAUCAUCAAAGUCUUGGACGUACUCUUCGAGACCGAGGAUAGCUACGUCUUUGGACAGGAGUAUGCCCCCGCUGGAGACCUGUUUGACAUCAUUCCUCCCCAGGUGGGUCUUCCGGAGGAGAUGGUGAAGCGCUGUAUGCAGCAGCUGGGUCUGGCUCUGGACUUCAUGCACAGCAAGAACCUGGUUCACCGUGACGUCAAGCCCGAAAACGUGCUCCUCUUCGACCGCCAGUGCCGACGCGUCAAGCUGGCUGACUUCGGCAUGACGCGGAGAGUGGGCUGCCGGGUGAAGCGCGUGAGUGGCACCAUCCCGUACACAGCGCCGGAGGUGUGCCGUGCCAGUCGUGCCGAAGGCUUCCUGGUGACCACCAGUCUGGACAUCUGGGCGUUCGGAGUGCUUGUCUUCUGCAUGCUGACCGGUAACUUCCCCUGGGAGGCAGCGCUGCCUACUGACGCAUUCUAUGAGGAGUUCCGGCGCUGGCAUCGUGCGGGGUGUCCCACGGCGGCCUACCCAUCCCAGUGGCGCCGCUUCACUGACGACGCCCUGCGCAUGUUCCAGCGGCUGCUAGCUGCCGAACCUGAGAAGCGAUGCGGCGUGAAGGACGUCUUCUGCUUUGUCAAGUACGAGCUGGUCAGCGAAUUCCGACGCCGUGCCUCCUGCCGAGCCAAGCGAGGCGAGAGGUCCAGUUCAUCUGGUGUAUGCCCUACAGGCUGCACCUCUACCUCCUCUUUGACCUCCUCCUCAAUGCGCUCUCACAGACACCCAGAGCCCUCCACUCCCCCAGGAACGACCUCACUCUUGCGCCCAGCGCCCCUGAAGAGGAGCGUCCUCUCUGACCCCCAGUCCCCUCAGGAGGAGUCUCCUGGCCAGCACCACUCUUCUCUGGUUCGAGAGAAGACCAAGGUGAUGGCUACUGCCAUAGAGAUCUGUGUCUGACAGAGACUGGAUGAGCAGCGGUAUCUGUGGGCGUUGCCAUGGCGAUAGGAACCUGCGCAAGGUACUUGUAACGGCCAUUUUGACUGGAGUUGAAGGUUGACGCUGCUGAGAAGAAGCCCAAUAUUGAAUUGUUGACUGUGACACAGAUUGGUAUCAGCACUCACGGCAGUACACUCUUGGACAAGUCAUCACUAGCGCAUGCGUUUGUCAUUUUGAUUUGUGACCUUAGACUGUUUUCUGAGUUGGAGAAGCGACAUUCAAGAGUCCACUGACUGACAUCGUUUUUUUCACAGCAACUCGUUCCACUGUUCAGCUAUUUUGCUUCUUGGUACACACAUUAACACGGCUAAUGAUGCUAAUAGAAACAGUUCUAGCCAUUUCUAAACAUUGGGUUCAGUAGAAACAUUCAAUGCUCCCUGACGACACAUUUCCAUUCUGCCUCCCUUCUCCCUAAUUUCUCUUAUUUUUAUAUUUCUUCUUCUGCUUCUCUCUCUAUAUAUAUAAAUACCUUUGACCUGGGGAGGCCCAAACCUUAGCUGAUCUAGUGACAUGCUUUAGAUCCAAUAGCGAUCCAAUAGGUCAAAUUGAUCUUCUGUCUGACUGACAUAUCGCUGAACGAAUGGGAAUCCAUGGCAGUUCCGUCCAUUUCCAAAGUGUGAAAAUGUCUAUGGACAUAGGGGAGAAUGAUUGUUUUUCAAAAGGAGAAAAUAUGUGAAGGUGACUCUCCAAUGUAGCAGUUACCAAGACAAUGGGACAUUGCUCAUCUAGACUGUCUGAACUGAGACAGGACCCUGCUGUCAGACAUCUCAGGACAUCUCAGCGGUUACUUCCUGUCUCAGAGUAACUUCCUGUUGAGGGUUACAGGUGAUUUCCUGUAGUAGACCACUGUUUAAAAGGACACAUUUCAUUCUGUAAUAGUGCCUAAAUAGUUCAUACAGGCAUCUUCCAAUGUGAAAAGAAAUGAAAAAAUAUAUAAUUGCUUCUGUUGACAUUCAAAUGCUUGGAAACUGUUAUAGAAUAGAGUGAGUGUUUAUUUUAUAUUUGCUGUGUGUGUGUGUGUGUGGGGGGGUGUUUGAACAACUAAAACACAAUCUCUUUGUAAAGGGGGAGAAUAAAAUAAAAAGUGCAUUAUAGAUAUUUACUAUGUUAAGCGCCACACUGUAUUAUUGUCAGGUAGUUCAACCAUGUAGCUCUAUUAAUAUUGUUUACUACUGGGAGAGGUUACAGGGAUCAACGCACUGAAUGUAGCAAAAAUAGUAUGACAUGUACGUAUAUGAACAUUAUAAAAUGAUAAUGCUCUAUAGUGGUGCCAAAAAUGGGGUGGACAGUAGCAGCCUUUAGAGUAUGGUUGGGAUGGGACCAGGGCCUAUUGGAAUAGUACUGUUUAACACGUGUGUGAUGUCUCUCCCUGAGCACAUUCUGAACACUGUGACCUUAGCCCAUCUUAACCAUCAAUAGUCCCCUUCCUCUGUCAAUACAACUCAACUCAAAUCAAUCAAGUACUUUACUGAGUUACUGCUUUACUGCACACAUGCAUCCUGUAUAACAUUACCGAAGCAAUUCCAAUAUAAUUGAUCAUAGUUCCCAUGUUCGCUCCAGGCUCCUCAAACUCCCAGCCAACCAAUCUUCCUCCACUCUUUGUCCUUCACCUUCAUCUAUCUCUCACUCACUCGCUCUCUUCCUCCCUUCCCCAUCUGCUUGUCUUUCUCCUGCACUUGAGUCUCUGAGCCAUUCUGUGUUGUCUGGUAGGAUGACCUCUCUCUCCCCCCUUUGGCAUGCUGUGGGCUGAUGAUCAAUUGAGGCCGCCACACCGCGAGUGUCUCAGCUAGCGAAAAAAGAAAACAAAUUAUGUAAGCAUCUAAAAUGCGCAGUGUGCUGCUUUAUCAAGCGUUCAUCUCUAUUUAUCGGCUAAGUUGCUGCUGUUAUGUCAGACAGGUGUGUUUUGUGCGUGUCCCACCCUUCCCUUCUUUCCUUUCCCCGAUGACAGCCCAUCAUCCCUGUCGCUAUAGUGACAGUCAGUGUUUUUAUGGUUAGUUUCUCAGCUCCUGUCCACUCCCGAAACAUCAAACAUAAUUGUCUGGUCUGGUCAUUCUGCAACAACACCAGUAUUAUUAACAACACUGCCCUGCUAGAGUUCUCAUAGAAAUUGCCUUCCACAUAUAAUGUGUAGUUUACAGUAUGUCUGUUCCACUAUGUCGGCAAUGUCAGUCUCAUUCUAUCACAUAUACUAUGUACAUACAUCUGUUGUACUGUUUACGUUUGUCAAAAUCUGUCCAAUUCACCUUCCUUCUUCCUCCAUCGUCUCUAGAACACCUACCUGCUAGUCAUGAAGUCAGUGCCCUUGUCAUAUUUCACACUUUAAGGAUGACCGUAGUCAGAGGAGAAUGGUGGUUCAUUGACCUCAAUCUGGGCGGAGAUUUUCUGUGAUCACUCAUAGGGUGAAUGCGUGCAUAACUUGCAUAUGUAGCCUCUACUUAUGUCAAGAUGCAUACACUGUUUUGCUGUGUGAAUUGUGAAUAUUUAUAGUUUUGUUCGAUAUUGCAUAACCGUAUACAUCAGAACAGUGUUAUGUCAGUUGUCAUAAGUGUCAAGUUUUUGUCAGACUGUUAUAAUAGGUUAUGUAGGCAUUAUGAUCACAUUGUGUAAUGUUCAUUUUAGUUUUGUAGCCUACUGUUUACCUCAGUUAUGUCCUGAUCCUACUAGCUGGUCUCCACCAGCAAGUUGAAUUAUGUAAAUGUGCAAAUGUAUUAAGUCUUUAACACAGAAACAAAUAAAAUGUUUAAUAUUGAGUUCAAAUCAAACUUUGUGUACCAGAACUGAUACAAACUUGUAUUAUUUUUGGCAAUAUGUUAAAAUGACCAGUGCAUUAACAUCUAUAAAUGGCUGAAUGUCUUUGUUUAUCCCCUCCCCCUUUUCCCCGCAUUUAAUUCUACUCCACCUAUAUGUGUAUGCAAAUCCAGUCCAACUCUAGGUGUUUCCUUUUGACUGCACAUUAGCUGAAGGUCAGGUCAAAGCGGGUCUCAUUUCCUGAGUCUUUGGUCUGGUGCAUGUGCAGGCUGCUUUAAUAAGCUGACUUCCUGCUGAAAGACCAAUUGACACAUCCGUAGAUAAGUUAUCUGGCGGUCCUCAAAAAAGUGGGAUGAGAGCGAGGCAGUGUGAAUAUCCCACCACAAACGAGAACAAUUAUCAGCCACCCCCUUCAGCGAGUGUUAAUGUUGUCUUCUCUGAGCUGAGGCAUUAGCAGUAUAGCCAUAAUGGGGCUGAGUUGGACGUCUGGGAAAUGGUGGGUUUUAGCGGCUACUGUGUUAAGCUAAUCACGUCAGACAGUACAGAAGCACUUGAAAGGUCUACGUGGCAGAGAGAGAGAUGGGGUUAGCAUGUGGAAUCUAGCCAUGUGCAAUAGCCUGUUCUCCCGCUCUUUGAAGGACUGGUGACCUGAGGUAACUAGCUACAGUAGCGACUGAAUUGCAGGUUAAUUGAGUUAGUAUAAGAUGCUCUAAUAGCCUGUUACGGAUACAGGUAUCCUGUGUCUGUGUGUAUAUGUAUCCUGUGUUGUUUUCUCUCCUUCUCCCCUCACAGGUGAAAAUCAUCACUCCCCAAUCAGUCAACAAUCAAUCAUCAAUCAGAAGACACACCUCCUCCUGUUUCCUACCCAAUCACAGUUCCUUUCCCUUGGUUUAAAAACCCCAUCAGUUGUUUGCUCAGGGGCUCAAUCUCUCUGUAAAUGCCAUGUCUGUAGGUCUCUGUGUUUCACUCUCGCGUUGUGUCUUAAACCUCUUUUGUUUGAGCACCUCCAUAGCACUUUUUCAUCACCUGUGAGUAUUGUUUUUGGUUAUGGUGUUUGUUUGCUUGUGGGAAAAGGGGAAACCAAGACAAGUCGUCCAUGGGCAUACACUACCCGUAGGUAGACUUUGUUAAAUACACUAGUUAGAACUGGGUGGACCACCCACUGUAUUUUUGGUUAGUUAGCUAUUGUUAAAGUAGGCUAGUCUAGCUUAGGGGUGUUUUUGAAUACUUAUUGUUUCUUUCCUUUGGUCCAGCUCAGCCCCUUUUCCUGCUCCCCCCCAUUACCGUGUGUUUACAAAUAAACCUUGACUUUGAUGGUAGA